AUGCCGAUAUCAAAACUGCAUCGCGAUAUUGAAGAGCUCCGCGCCGGCAACCAGUCCCCGCGCCCGAGACACCUGAGCCGGACUCAAGGCAAGGCAGACGGAAUGCGCCCGAGGCAGGCGUGCAACUGUUGGACAACGACGGAGCCAUCUCAAAUCAGGUAUGUCCCUGUCUACAGUUUGGAGUCCUGCCUGAAGCACAUAUUCGCGAAGUACUGCACACCGAAGCCCUUGUCCGAAAACAUGAGCGAAAUCCCGCAAGGCGCGUAUCUUACUCCUGAAGGGCUCGAUGCGUGGGCAAGAGACACAAAUGGAUCGCCGUUCGACGCGGACACGAAGGAAGAGCUGCUCGAGUUCAUGGACGUGACAGACGACGGUGGCUUGACGUUCAAGGGCUUCAUGCAAGUAUAUCAGCUGCAGACAGAGAACGAUGAAGAAGAAACUUGGAGAGAUCUACUACGAGACGAGAAGACGUGGACACCGAGCCUCGUUCUACUUCCAACCCUUCGUCAUAGCGAGAGCUAG